AUGAGCAACGUCCUCGAGGCGCUCGAUGCCGGGCUCACAGGACUCUUUGGCCAAUGGAACGCCUACUCGACCGGUCUGGUGACGGUUCUCGUCGUCGUUCUUGGAUACCGCAUCUUCCACGCGGCCGACCCUGAUGUACACCCCAUUCUGCUGGCACGCCAGUCGACGGCUUCCACGGUGCGCAAGGAGGGCGAGAGCGCCGUCUACCGCUCGCCGUUGGCACCGCACGGCAUGCCUCUGAACGCCGGCCUCAACGUCAAGUCCCCUGGCGCUUCCAAGUGGGCGCGCGGCCGCGAUGGCGAUCUCCGUGACGUCUGGCGCAAAGUGGUGCUGGCUGGCGACGCGGGCGCCAAGGGCAAGCUCCUCACGGUGCACGGCUCGCAGAAUCUCGAGGAGCACAACCCUGAGGACAUUACCCGACAGAUCAACCUCAUCGGCCAGCACAUUACCGACCAGGGCGGCAUCCGCGUCGCUAUUUACCUGCCAAACUCGAUUGAGCUGCUCGCCGCGCUGUUCGCCUGCGCCUUUAGCAAGAACCUGACGGCGGUGCUGAUCCCCUUUGGCGUGCGCGAGGACCAGCUCGUGUCCAUGCUGCGCCGGUCCGCCGUCGACACCGUAAUCUCCGCCACCGGCGAGUUUCCUCUUGAUGCCGUCGUCAAGGCCUAUAAGGGCCUGCGCCAGCUCGUCUGGGUUGUGGACCAGGGCAGCGCCCACAUGGACUGGAACGAGGUGCCUGAGGGCAUCGGUGGCAGCGUCAGCGUCGCUACCUGGCAGGACAUUGUGCGCGACGCCCCUGCGGACGCCGGCCGCGUGCUCCAGGCUGCCCCCGCUGCGGAUGCCGACGUUUCUGCUGCGGGCGACCUUGUGACCUUUUGGCAGAGCGGCAAGCCCGGCGCCGUGCAGCAGGAGAUGGUGCGCUUCACGCAGGCUAACCUCGUGGCCGGCAUUGCUGGCCAGCUGGCUGCUAUUCCUACUAAAGCGCGUCUCACCAACGCCGAUCUCUUCCUCCCCACCUCCGCCCUGACCGACAUCAACACGCUGGUCGUCACCCUGGCUGCGCUUUAUUCGAAUGCGUCGGUUGCGCUCAACUCGGCUGCCGGGUCGCGCGUCUCCGACCUGGCCCUGGCCACGCAGGGCAUCGCACCGACUGUCAUUGUCGCCGACACGGCGGUGCUCCUGUCGUUGCACUCGCGUGCCAUGGCGCGGCUCCCCGCGCCGCUGGGCACGCUCGCCCACUCGCUGUCGAAGCGCAAGCUCGUCAACGAGGGCAUCAUGGCAACGGCCAACGUACUGUCGGCAUUUGCGGCGACGGCCAAGCUGGUGCUGGGCACCACACCCGGCCAACUGCGCCUGAUUUACACGGCGGACCGCGCGGGCAGCCAGCAGACGCCUGGCCUGUCACCGGCGGUGCUGACGGACCUGCGCAUCUUGACUGGCGCGAGGAUCGUGUACGCGCUCGCGGCGGCCAAAGUGGCGGGCGCAGUGGCGCAAACGGCGUUUUACGAUUACCGAGCCGAGGUUGGCGAUGUCAAGGGACACUUUGGCUCGCCGACGAGCAGCGUCGAGGUGAUACUCAAGGAUUCAGGCAACCACAAGACGACAGACGAGCAGGCCGAAGGCGAGAUUUUUGUCAGAGGCCCCUGUGUUUCUGGGGGCGAGGCAGGACUCGGCGUUGUCGGUGUCAUCAGAGACGACCAGACUUUGGCGUUGGCAUAA